GAGCAGAGAAGAGUUGGAUCCCUAAGUUGGGCUGCCGUUGGGAGCAAGUGCAUGAACCGCCUGCAUUCUCCACAGAGGGCAGCAUAGACCGCGAUCGCGCGACCCAGCCCGUGAGCAAUCUUCCAACUCAUCUCCGGUGACAGGCGCUUUUAUAGAAAAUCAGAGAGAACAUAGAAGCAGUAUAUUUUUCCCUGCUAAUUGUUAAUAAUACUGUACAGAAAUGGAGUGCCUAAUUGGAAUACAGUUUAAAGAUUUUGCACUGAUAGCUGCUGAUAUGACAACAACUCAAUCAAUUAUGGUUAUGAAAACUGAUGAGCAAAAACUUCACAAAAUAUCAAAUAAACUGGUAAUGGCUGCAUCAGGAGAAACUGGCGAUACCACACAAUUUUCUGAAUUUAUUGCUAAAAAUAUACAGCUGUAUAAAAUGCGCAAUGGUUAUGAGUUAUCCCCAAAGGCAGCUGCCUGUUUUACUAGGAAGAAUUUAGCUGACUACCUGCGUACUAGAACACCUUAUUUUGUUAAUUUAAUUAUGGUGGGAUAUGACGACGAAACAGGUCCUGAAUUAUAUUUCAUAGAUUACUUAGCAUCGUGCGUCAAGGUACCUUAUGCGUCUCAUGGCUACGGAGGAUACUUUUCACUGGCUAUAUUAGACAGACAUCACAGAUAUGACAUGUCCGAGAGCGAAGGAUACGAGUUACUCAAAAAGUGUGUUCGUGAAGUUCACAAACGAUUAAUCAUUAAUCUACCAAAUUUCAAAGUCCAAAAAGUAUCUAAAGAAGGCAUUAAGGACCUAUCACCAAUAACAGCAAAAAACCUGGCCAUUGAAGAUGCAGCCAAGGAUUAAAUUUAAUUAUAUUAAUUUUUUGUAUGUACUUCACUGGAGUUCGGAUAUUAAAACUGUUUAGCACAGGA